CGACCCCCGGCCGAGCCCUAACCAAAAGCGAAAGGAGCUGCGUCCCCAGCGUGGAGUCCGCAGGGAGGUCGCCGCCGGCCUCCCAGUCCGCGGGGCCGCCACUUUGUGACUUCACGCGUUUCGCAACAAGCCCGGACCACUCGCGCCCCACCCACCCCGGCCGCUGCUGAGCCGUCCGCCGCCUCCUCCGGUCUUCCUCUCCCUCCGGGCGGUCUUCCUCUCCCUCCGGGCCGGGCCUGCCUCCGCCUUCGCGGAGCCGCCCGUCCAGCCCGUCCGAAGGCAGCGGCUGUCCGGCCCUGGUCGCCGCCUGCCGGGCUGGCACGUGGCGGCCCCCCGCUCCUCCGAGCCGCGCGACGCCUGGCCCCCAGCUGAGCGCAGCGCACUCCUAGCGUCGAGAUGCUGUGCUUCUUGAGGGGAAUGGCCUUCGUCCCCUUCCUCCUGGUGACCUGGUCCUCCGCCGCCUUCAUCAUCUCCUACGUGGUCGCUGUGCUCUCCGGGCACGUCAACCCCUUCCUCCCCUACAUCAGUGAUACAGGAACAACACCUCCAGAGAGUGGAAUUUUUGGAUUUAUGAUAAACUUCUCUGCAUUUCUUGGUGCAGCCACAAUGUACACAAGAUACAAAAUAGUGGAAAAGCAGAAUCAAACCAGCUAUUUCAGCACUCCUGUUUUUAACCUGGUGUCCUUAGUUCUGGGAUUGGUGGGAUGUAUCGGAAUGGGCAUUGUUGCCAAUUUUCAGGAGUUAGCUGUCCCGGUGGUCCAUGAUGGCGGCGCCCUGCUGGCUUUUGUCUGCGGUGUGAUGUACACGCUCCUGCAGUCCAUCAUCUCCUACAAGUCGUGUCCUCAGUGGAACAGCCUGUCCACGUGCCACGUACGGAUGGCCAUCUCUGCCAUUUCCUGUGCGGCGGUCAUCCCCAUGAUUGUCUGUGCUUCCCUAAUUUCCAUAACCAAGCUGGAGUGGAAUCCGAAAGAAAAGGAUUAUGCGUAUCAUGUGGUGAGUGCGAUCUGUGAGUGGACAGUGGCCUUCGGUUUUAUUUUCUACUUCCUAACAUUCAUCCAUGAUUUCCAGAGUGUCACUCUAAGGAUUUCCACAGAAAUCAACGAUGACAUUUGAAGAGAGAAGAAUUAUAUUUUAGUCAUUGGAAGGUGCAGACGAUUUUGAGAAGCGGCGCAGGGGACAUGCAGGGCUUGAAUGCAGCUGCCCUGUGGCCGGCCUCUGUGGCUCCUCCGGGACUUGCGUUUCAUUAAGAAUUCCCAAUAGUUGUACUAGUUCCAAAGGUAUGUUUUCCUAGAGAAUGUAGAGCACUAUGGCAUUGUAGCAAUGUUUUUACAAUUUUCUAAACUGACACUUUUUCAUAUUCACACAUUCAUUACACAAAAAGAUGUUAAGGAAAAAAGGAGAGCUCUUAUUUUUCUACAGAUUCUGUUCUGUUAUUUCUUUGUGUGUGAGUCGUUUCUGGAAAUACACUAAAUGAGAAAUUUAUUAACAGGUAAAAUCAGGAUAUUUUUAAAGUGCAUUUUUAGAGAAUGAGCUGUAUAAUUUUAUAUCAUGAGGGCAUUUGUACAAUUCAAUUUAUAGUGAUCAUCAAGACUUAGUUAAUAAAUUAACACUAACUAUGACAGUCUGAUUUCUAGAUGAACUAGGCAAAAUGCUUCUAUUGAAAAGCCUUAAUAUCACUGUACACAUUAACUCUAAAGUGAACGUGGCAGAUGUCAGUUUUGAAUUUCUGUUCUGCUCACAGAGCUGGAGGCUUUUCCUUUGCUGCCGAUUAGCAGUUUGUAAGUGGGCAUUCAUGGAAAAGAGAUUCCGGGAAGGAGACUUCACUUAAUACUAAACUGCAAAGCCAACCUGUGAAAAAUCAUUAAAAAUACCAUUUAUAAAACCACCCUGUAUCGUCACUGGCAUAACUUGAUAAUACAGUUAAGGCUCAGAAGUUGAUACUCUCAUCCUGAAUUCAUGUUAUGCUGGUAAACAUGUUGAAGAGAACAUAGGUCCCAGAGAGGAGAAAGGAGAGGCCACCGAGGGCAGUUUGUUUGCUGCUCCUUUAGUGCCUGUGGUUGGAUGUUUGCCCACCAUAGGGAAGGCGAAUCAGGCCCUUUGUUAAGCAAGACCUACACACUCUGCCUUUUUUGCCCAAAUCACAGAUGACGAAUGAAAAGCAAGUCCUUCCAGCAGAAAAUGUAUGCCUUGCAAUUUUUAAUGCUUGCAUUGAAAAAUUAGACAAAGAACUCUCCUUCCUGGACCCUCCAGACACAAACCUGUGUCCCACCCUUGAGGGCUCAUGCCAAGAGCAGAGCAGCCCACCUGGACAGCCUUGGAGGGGACCUGGGAGUGGUGAGCCCGCGAUGGCUCCCCAGUAACUACUUGUUGAGUGAGUGAAGGGUGAGACUCAGCAGCGUUUAGCCACCUCUGCAGUGACAAACUGUGUGUCCCCCAAGUGCUCAGCAGAGGGAACCUGAUAACCAUCUCUGGGUCUGUUGUAACUUGUCAUAAUGCUGUGGAUCCCCAUAGUCACACUGGAACUGCAACACUGAUCAAAGCCAUGUCAAGCAGGUGUUAUUCUGAAGAGGAGGAGAAUGCCACACGUUUACUGAGGAGACUGUACUGUAGUAGAAUGCAUUCCUGGUUGGCCUCACUUCGAACAGACUUAUCAACUGCACUUCCCAUAAUGCACUGUUGUUCUCACUUCCUCAUCUCUCUGAGAGCUAUAAGAUUAGGAGCUCUUCGAUGACAGAGUGUGUGCCUUCAUCUUUAUCUUUAUAACUCCAGCAUUUAACCGGGCAUUGCCUGGUACACAGAAGGUGCUUAAUAAAUACUCAUUGAAUGCAGGAAUGAAUGAGUGAACAAAUCAAGGAAUGACUCAGGACACUUGUAGUACUGACUAGUGAGCUUUACUCUGAUUUACUAGUUAAGUGGUGCACCAGUAGUUCUUGACUGUUUUGCUUUGGUCACUGUAAGUGUUUCAGUUGUCUGAGCUUCACCAUUCUCUGACAACUCUCUUCAAGCUGGACAGUCACCGCAGAAAUUGGUACAUAGGCUAGACAACAUGGUACACCUGGCUUGGCAAACUGAGAAGGCCAGAAUUCCCUUCAGACAGUCACAUUCUGCUGAUCUCAUACAACCUCGAAAGCUGGUCUGAUCUGCAUUUGGGUCAUUUACAAUGUCCAAGAACUUGCAUUUCUUUGGACCUCAUGGCUGAAAGAGUAAAAUAAAAUGAAGUAUUUCUUUAUUUUA